AUGACGACCCUUCAGCCCCGGGCCCCCUACUCCCAGGAGGAGCUACAGAAGCUCUAUCCAAAGGGCCUAGAGCUUCAACUCGUCCAAGUGUUGUUACGGCAUGGUGAGCGGUCUCCCGUCUCGGCUCGUUUUCAAAAUACCGGUCUAAAUGGCUUCUGGCCAUAUUGCUCUGUUGCACGGCAGAUGAUCAGCACAACCUGGGACUCGGCCGAGCAAAAAUGGACGCCAAUGCAAUGGCGAAGACGCCUUGAGACCUUCGGCACUGAUGACGGUCCCAUGGUUGCAUCUGGGCCGCGAGGAGAAGUAGAUGCGGUCUGUAACUUGGGAGAAUUGACGGACAAGGGCAGGGAGACGACGUGGGAACUUGGUCGAAGACUGCGGCACCUGUAUAUUGAUCAAUUGCAUUUCAUGCCGCCUAUAAUCCACGAUGCAGACAUGAUUUACCUGCGAGCAACGCCUAUUCCCCGAGCACUGGAUUCACUUCAACAGACCUUCUGGGGCAUGUAUCCCUCGAAAGCUCGAGCACCUUCUUUUCCACCAGUUACAAUAAUCAUGCGAGCCCCUGCGGAUGAAACAUUGUUCCCGAACGAUGGUAAUUGCAGACGGUUUGCACAACUGUCGAGGGCUUUCGCACAAAGAACGGCAGAUCGACAUAACAGUACGGAUGACAUGGAGUAUCUCAAUAGAUUAAUAAGUAAGUGGAUGCCGGAGAGCAGUAAGCGAGUUGCGGUCGACUCUCAUCCUAGGCUCAGUGGAAUUAUGGACACGAUCAACUCUACUCUAGCCCAUGGGCCAGAAACCCGGCUUCCCAAGGAGUUCUAUGAUCCCAAAGGCAGGAAAAUCAUUGAGAAGAUUGGCGUAGAGGAGUGGUUCAGCGGUUAUAACGAGUCGAAAGAGUAUCGGGCUCUUGGGAUUGGUUCUUUGAUGGGUGAUGUGGUUGAGCGGAUGGUUGGCAGCGUCGAAGGAAAUGCUCACGAUGGGCACCUUGAAAUCGGGGGUAAAAACGGUACACUGGGGAGUGGAAGAGGGGGUGAGAAGGCUAUCAAGCUCGCCCUGAGUGGCUGCCACGAUACAACUCUCGCCGCCGUUCUUUCGAGUCUAGGUGCCUUUGACGGGGAGCCGUGGCCUCCUUACACAAGUCACAUUGCCCUCGAACUCUUCAAGAAAACAGGGCCGAGGCAGGCUGGAGUGUCUGUCCCAAAUGCUGAGACCCCUGCCGUCUCUCCUGGGUCAUCGUCCGGAUGGCUAGGUUCAUUGUUUGGCAGUGCAUCAGCAACCAAGACCCGUACGGGCAUCGCUAGGCAAGAUAUCGAAACACUGGCUACACCCGAUAGGUCAAAAUUAGAUGGUUAUUAUGUCAGAUUACGAUAUAACGACAAAGUGAUGUCAGUCCCGGGCUGCAAACCUGCUGGAAAGCAUUUGGACGGCGAUGAAUCAUUCUGUACUCUCGAAGCUUUCAAAAGCAUUGUCGACAAGUAUACCCCCAAAAACUGGAAAAAAGAGUGUUUAAGCAACAUGGGUGCCUCAGCUUUUCCAGAGGAACCCGAGCCCUCAGGCUACUAG